CCGGUCCAAACGAUCCCGCCGAGUCGCUUUUUUUUCAGCCCAAGGAUCCCCCCGUCCUUCUCUCAUUCCUAAAUCAUCUCAGCGAUGGCGGUCGCCGGCGGGCAGGCGGUGGUCUCCCUCAUCGUUCCUAGAUCGAAGCUGAAGUCAGACUCCAUCGAUAUGCAUUGUUCCCGUCUAUCCACGCUGCCGCGUUUGGUUUCGCUACGCUCUCGAGAAAACAGCCGCCGGAGACUGGCGCCGCUGGUGUAUCGGACCAGAUCGUUAAACCCUAGAUGCGAAGGCGGUCCGAAUUCGUUGAAUCGCGGUGAAGAUAAGGCAUCGGCUAACACAUCUAGACAAUCUAGUCUUUCUGCUCUGGAGAUUCUUAAGACAUCUGCUGCCGAUCGGUAUUCCAAACAAAGUAGCAGUAUUAUUGUUAUUGGACUUAAUGUUCACACAGCACCGGUUGAAGUGCGAGAGAAAUUUGCUAUUGCCGAAUCAGAUUGGCCCCGAGCAAUCAGUGAGCUAUGUUCCUUGAACCAUAUCGAAGAAGCUGCUGUUCUUAGCACGUGCAAUCGAAUCGAGAUAUAUGUAUUAGCUCUGUCCCAGACUCGUGGGGUGAAAGAAGUGACUGAAUGGAUGUCUAAGGUAAGCGGAGUUCCAGUUUCAGAAAUCUCCCAACACCGAUUCUUGCUACAGGAAAAGGAUGCAAUCCAACACCUGUUUGAAGUUUCUGCUGGACUGGACUCGGUUGUUCUUGGAGAAGGGCAAAUUCUCGCACAAGUAAAGCAGGUUGUCAAGACUUCACAAGGGGCCCCGGGGUUUGGCAAGAAAAUGAAUGGGCUGUUUAAGCAUGCUAUUUCGGUUGGGAAACGGGUGAGAACAGAGACCAACAUUUCAACCGGGUCGGUCUCUGUCAGUUCAGCUGCUGUGGAGCUCGCACAGAUGAAGCUUCCAGAUCAUUCUUAUGCCACUGCUCGAGUUUUGGUUGUUGGAGCUGGCAAAAUGGGGAAACUUGUCAUCAAACACUUGGUUGCUAGAGGUUGCAAGCAAAUGGUUGUAGUAAACAGGAAUGUGGACAGAGUGGCUGCCAUAUGUGAGGAGCUCAAGGAUGAUGUGGAGAUAGAAUGCAAACCUCUCUCACAAAUGUUAGAAUGUGCUUCACAUGCCGAUGUGGUUUUCACAUGUACUGCUUCGGACAUCCAUUUGUUUUCAAGAGAGGAUGUUCAAUCACUUGCCCCCGUGAUUGGUGGCCAAAGGCUGUUUGUUGACAUAUCCGUCCCACGGAAUGUGGACCCGCGUGCCUGUGAUCUUGACGCUACAAAAGUUUACAAUGUUGAUGAUCUCAAAGAAGUCGUUGCAGCUAACAAAGAGGACAGGCUGCGGAAGAAGAUGGAAGCGAUGGAGAUCAUAAACGAGGAAGUUAAACAGUUUGAGGGGUGGAAAAAUUCACUUGAGACGGUUCCAACAAUAAAAAAACUCAGGGCAUAUGCCGAAAGAAUCAGGGCUUCUGAGGUGGAAAAGUGUUUGUCAAAGAUGGGGAAUGAUAUCUCAAAAGACAAGAAGAAAGCUGUUUAUGAUCUUAGCAUAGGGAUAUUGAAUAAGCUCCUCCAUGGCCCAAUGCAGCAUCUGAGAUGCGAUGGAGACGAACGACCAUUGAGCGAAGUACUUGAAAACAUGGAUGCUCUUAACAGAAUAUUCGAUCUUGAUGCUGACACGUCUUUACUGGAAGAGAAGAUACGGGCCAAGCUGGAACAAACCCAGAAGAGAGCUUCUUGAUGUUAAAAUACACACACUCCAUUACUAAUUGUUCAUCAUAUUUUCCCUAAACCAGGGAAAUCAUAGAGCUAAACCACAAAUUGAAAUAACAUGAACAGACACUUGAAAGUUAGUUUUAGGCUGUAUCGAUUCGGCUGAUCUCCGGAUUCUUCUCUUUAUUUUUCUUUUCUUCAUCAGGGAAAAGUAUUUAUUUAUAGCUUUGUAUACAAUACAGG